AUGAUCGACGUGGGUCAAAUCGAGUUCGGGGAGUCUGUCACUUUAUUGUUCUUCGCAGUUACUGCAAUAACUGUCGCUAUUUUCAUCGAAGUCGCGACGAAGUGGCCUCAUUUGAUGCAGAAAUGGACCGAAGUUGACAAAGCUUUGUCACAGUCCUACGGCUUUCCUUCGGGGCUGCAUCACGAGUUAAAACUUAUUGCUUUCGUUAUUGUGGCUGCAGCUAUUGCGGAACAUUCUCUAUUUUUGGCUUUCACGUUUAAGUACAGCAAAAGCGGAGAAACUUUAUCGGAAACCAUACAACUCUAUUUUGAACACCGCUUUGAUCAAGUGUUUAACAUUUUCCCCUUUUGCAUGCCACUCGGAAUAAUUACACAGAUUGUGAAUACUUUUAGCACCGUGUCCUGGAAUUUUAUGGAUCUUUUUAUUAUGUUAGUGAGUUUGGCUUUAUCGGCUAGAUUUAAGCAAGUAGUAGUGCAUAUAAGCCAAUUGACAAAAAACAACGAAAAUGAUGAGGAGGUUUGGCGUCAGGUUAGAGAAGAUUACACAAGACUUGCAGUUUUGUGUGCGAAAGUUGAUGAUACCAUAUCGAAUAUCAUGUUGCUGUCAUUCAGCAACAAUAUUUUUGUGGUAAUUGUACAACUGUAUUUUAGUUUACAGCGACCGCCAAUCAGUGGCGCUUUGGAUAAAAUAUAUUAUGUUUAUUCGUUUUUAUUUCUUAUACUUCGAACGAUUGCGGUAGCUUUAUAUGCUGCAACUAUUCACACAGAAAGCAAAAAGCCACAGCAUUAUUUAAAUACUCUAAGUUCCGACAUUUACAGCGUUGAAAUCGAAAGAUUUUUGUACCAAGUGAAAUACAACACUAUUGCAUUAACAGGUCAUAAAUUGUUUAAAGUAAACAGAUCGUUGAUUCUGAGAGUCGCUGGUGCUAUUGUUUCGUAUGAAUUAGUGUUAAUUCAGUUUAAUGUUGCUUAGAAGGAG